UAAAGACAAUCGCAUUUGCACCAAAAGGAAGUCAUGAAGUGGGUUCCACAUGAUUCACCCAUCUAAUCUUCUGAUACGGCCACCCGCGAAUAUCUCCACCUCCAUCAGCCGUCCGAUCGAAAACGACCCUCUGACACUGCUCUAGAAACCGAGUGAUAUCCAGCCCCAACGAGGAAAACAAAACCCUUUCAGUUUCACACCCCAUAAAAUACUUUUCAUCACUCUAUUUUCACAUUUAUUACACACACUACUUUUCUGUGAAAAUUUCUUCGGAUUUUGGGGAGGAAGAUGAUGACGAACAAGAACUUGUAGAAAGUCAAAUCUUUUUCUGAGAUUUUCUUGGGAAAAGGAGAUUUCUUUUGAGCAUUGAGAUUUAAGUUGGUUUUCUUUGGUUGCUGUGAGAAGCUUGUUUUUGUGCCCACCGCCCACCGACAUAUUUUAUCUUCCUUUUGAAGAACCAGUUAAAGUCCGUGCAUUUUCUUCAUACCCCAGAAACUGUUCGACUAAAUGUCUCAAUGACAUACCUCCCUCUUGUUCACGAAAUCAUGUGAAAUUUUCUUGAAAAAACAACCGAAAUACAUAAAAUGGGUGAGCUGGCAUCUAAUCGCGCUACAUUCAGGUCAAAAUUCGAAUUAGAAAAACGUCACCAUUCCCAUUCCGAUUUCCGUUCCAAAGUUGUAAAAAGUCAACCCAAGAUGGAAUCGUCAACGCCUUCAAUGGAAAUGGAAGAAAUCAUCAAACACAUGAAGCAUUUACCAAAUUACCUUGAAAAUGGAAAACACGAUCGAGCUUUAAGCUUUGGAGUUAUGGAUUGGAAUCGCUUACAAAAAUGGCAAGAUUUCCAAACUCAUAGACACGAAUUUGUUAAAACCAACAAAUGUUCAUCAUCUAGCAGCAAUUCCUCUUCAUUGUUUUCAACCGAUGGAUUGUCUAUGUCUCCUCAAUCAAGUCAAAGUCAAAGUCAAACCUGGUCUCCUUCUAAUCAAAAAGUCAAUCGCGUAACUCUACAAUCUCAUUUCACAUCAUCUCCAAGUCAAGAUUUCAUUAUGAACAAAACCCCAGAAACAAGAAAUUCAAAUUCUUUCAAGAGUCCAGAUGCCAAAACAAGAAGUAUAUCCCCACUUCGUCGUUUUAGCUUUAGCUCAAAAUCUACGGGACCCACAGAAAGACCCGAUUCUCCAUCUAACCGGGCCCAAUCAAGCCCAUUACGAAGGUUAUUGGACCCGAUUUUUCCAUCAAAAAGCCAAGAAGAUUCACGAACAAAAGCAAAACUGAAACUCGAUUUCAAGGAAAUUAGGGUUGACGAUGUCGUAUCAUCAUCAUCAUCAUCAUCAUCAUCAACAACAAGAAAGCAAGCUCUUUUUCAAACAACCAUUAAAAACGAUCGUCUUUUAUUCACAUUUGCAGUUGAAAACAACGACAUUCUUGCAGCAACAUUGACCAGUUUGACUUCUUCGGGAAAAAACAAUAACGGGAACUCGAUCUAUACAUUUUUCACUGUUCACGAGGUUAAGAAAAAAAACGUUAAAUGGUUAUCACAUGGGACAAAAAGCAAAGAUUACGGUUAUGUCCCUAACGUAACAGCUCAAAUGAAGGUUUUGAGUUCAUCAAAAAGUCAGGAGUUUGUUUUAUUCUCCGUGAAUUCGAAUGUCCAACCACAAGAAGAAUUGGAAGCCAUUGUUGUGAAGCUUUCAAGAAAUCAAGAAAAGUUUAACACAACAGUUGUCCUACCUGGUGGGACCCAUGGUGUUCCAAGUAAAGGAGCGCCUUCAUCGCUGACUGACAGGUGGCGGUCUGGCGGGGUGUGUGACUGCGGUGGUUGGGAUGAGGGGUGCAAAUUGAAAAUUCUUACUAACCAUAACACUGGUGCACAGUUUGAGCUUUUUGUUCAGGGUGAAAUUGGGGAGAAGAAACCGAUGCUUAGUUUGUCUCCAUUGAAGGAAGAAAAAUGUCACGAAAUAUACAACUCAGAACACAUUGUCAUGAGGGUGUUCCGGUAA